UUUUCCCCUCAUUUACCAAAACCAAUGAACAAGUUUAAGAAAUCUCAAGUUCUGGUAUUAUUUGUUCUACUUCUUUUCCUUGCUUUUAUACCUUUAUUACCUUCCUCUCUUAAAUCUACCUACUUGUAUUUCAUCUCAAACUUCAUCAUCAUUGUACUUGCUUCUGAAGCUGGCCUUUUUUCCCUAUUAUAUAAGCCUUUAGAAGACAAAAUGCAAUCUUCUUCUCUUAUCAAGAAACCUAUUACACCCUCGGACGGAUAUUCCGAGAAAAAAGAAGCUACCAUUAGUUCUGUCUCAAAACAUGUUGAGAAGAGGCUUAAACCUGUUGAAAAGUCAGCAUCUGAGACUGAGAGGGUUGUUUCUUUCACCAAAGUGGAUAUAGUGAAAAAGAGCACUUUCAUAGGUAGUGGAGAGGAUGAUGAUAUUGAAAUACAAGAGGAGAUUGAGGGACUUAAUGGUCAAGAGCUAUAUGUAAAAGCAGACGUUUUCAUUAGGAACUUCUACAAACAGUUGAAGCUGCAGAAAGAUGAAUCUUAGAUUUAUUAGAAAGUUUUAUAAUAAUGUGAUUUCUAUAGUCUUAAAGUAGAAACUUUUUUUUUUUCUUUUGAAAAUAACUAAACUAGCUACCUUGAAAAUAACUAUUUUUA